CAGUUUCGCGCGUUUGUUCCUAUCAAGUCAAUUGCGAAAGACCGAGUCUGAUAUCGUAUAUUAUGUAUAUACCUAUAUCAAGUUACAUGAUGACGUAAAUACCACACUUGUUUAUAAUGACAGUCUCAGUUUUGAGUUUGUUAUUGUACAUUUUCUCUGCAAUCCUGGUUGGAUGUCUUGGGUUCGCUGUCUUCUUUGUGGCAUAUUUGUAUUAUGUUCACAAAAUCAACGAUCACUUGCCGGGUCCACCUCGCUCGAGUUUCAUAUUUGGUCAUCUUCCUGAUACUUGGAAAUACGAAACCGAGAUCGGUAGAACACUGGACGAAUUCCUGUUGGACACACGACUCAAAUACGGACCGAUAUUUGUUUUACAUUUCUUGCACAUUCCUGUAGUUUUCCUGGCGGAUGCGACGUAUUUGCGACAUGUUUUCAUCGACAAUUACAAGAGCCUGCAUAGAAGUCCCUUUCUUUACGACAAAGUUGGUUUUAUUUAUGGCGAGAGAGGAGUUGGUUAUGGCUUGGUGACAAACACAAACGAAGAAUCCUGGCGUAAACAUCGGCAAAUUAUGAAUCCCGCAUUUCAUCGUAAGAGCCUUAAAGAGUUCAUCAGUAAUUUCAAUGAUGUCUCUGAUCUCUUUUUAACACGGAUGGAUACAGUUGUCGAUGGUGGCCAGCCGACCAGUAUGGUACAAGAAUUUGGCAAAGUAACUCUGGAAGUUAUAAGUCAAGUGUCAUUCAAUAUUAAUACGCAUGCUCUUGAAGACCCAAAUUCCCCCUUUCCAGCAGCAGUAAAGGAUUACCUCAUUGGCGUGCAGGACAAUUUCGACAUCCCUCUCAGUCCCACCCUUUUGGGAAUAUUCCAGUUCAAGCUUUUCCAGAAUGCUACCAAAAGAAAGCAAAUUGCUGCAGUUCGAUUUCUCAGAAUUUUUGCCUCAGAUUGUAUUAAAACUCGAAUGAAAGACAUUGCUAAUGGGAAAGCUGUUCCAGAUGACUUGUUGAGCAUUUUAAUAAAAAAUGGCAGUUUGUCAAUGGAUGAUAUAAUUGACGAAUUUUUGACCAUUUUUCUCGCUGGACAAGAGACAACUGCUAAUUCCUUGUCUUUUACCUUGUAUGAAAUCAUCAAUAAUCCCCAUGUUGAGGAGAAACUUUUGAACGAGCUGGACACUGUUCUUGCUGGGCGUGAUUAUGUUGAGUUUGAUGAUUUGGCAAAAUUGACGUAUCUUGGUAACGUAUUUGAGGAAUCUUUGAGGAAACACCCAAUAGCACAAGCCCCUGCAAUGACGUUGAAAAAAAAUAUCACCGUUGGAGGAUUCCUUAUCCCCAAAGGAACUGGAGUUCACAGCAGGUCGCUUCUUUUUGGCAUGAACCCAGAAAUUUGGAAGGACCCAGAAGUCUUUGACCCUGACCGUUUCUCUGAAACUGAGAAAAUUCCUAAUUUUAGCAUGACCCAUAUCCCUUUUUCCAUUGGCCCACACAAUUGCAUUGGACUGACUUUUGCCAAGUAUGAAACAAAGAUUAUUCUUGCAAAAUUAUUGCACAAAUUUCGAUUCAAACUAUUGCCAGGACAGACCGAUAGAAUGAUGGCAAAGUUGACAAUUUCUCCACGAGACGGUGUGAUGUGUAAAGUCAGCAGACGUGAAUAAUCAAAGCAACGAAUUGGAACACCUUUUGACUAUAUAUCCCACAAAGUUGGUAAAUAUAUAUGACUAUGGUAUCAGGAAUAUUUGUAACUUU